AUGUCAAGCUCUGGGAAAAAGCACGAUGUAUUCAUUAGCUUUAGAGGCCAAGAUACACGUGCAAGCUUCACAAGCCAUCUUUACGGUGCACUCACAAGAGAAAAGAUCAAAACAUACAUUGAUUACGCUCUUCAAAAGGGAGAUCGAUUUCGGGGUGAACUUGUCAAAACAAUUCAAGACUCAACUGUAUCUCUCGUUAUAUUCUCAGAAAACUACGCUUCAUCAAAGUGGUGUUUGGAUGAACUCGUUGAAAUACUUGAGUGUAGAAAAAAUCACGGUCAAGUCGUUAUACCUGUCUUCUAUAGAGUAGAUCCAUCACAUGUGCGCCAUCAGAAAGGGAGUUAUGAGAGAGCGUUUGCAAAAUAUGAGAGAGAAGUUAGGAACAAUGAAUCUCAUCAAGACAAAGUGUUGGCUUGGAGAGCUGCACUUGUAGAAGCUGCUAAUAUUUCUGGAUAUGAUUCUACUACUUUCAGGACUGAGUCUGAAGUCAUCCAGAAUAUUGUUAGAGAUGUUUGGGAAAAGUUGACCAUGGUGUAUCCUAAGGUCUUGAAGGAAAAAGUAUCCGAAAUAACUUUUUCCCAAGCCAUUGAAGCAAGAAAAGAGUAUCCGAAAAUGUCAGCCUCUCACAAAAAGUAUGAUGUGUUCAUUAGCUUUAGGGGUGAAGAUACCCGUGAAACCUUUACAAGCCAUCUUCACUAUGCACUCCAGAAAGAAAAAAUUGAAACAUACAUUGAUUACAAGCUUCAAAAGGGAGAUCAAGUUUGGGGUGAACUUGUCAAAGCAAUUCAAAACUCAACUCUGUCUCUCGUUGUAUUCUCAGAAAACUAUGCUUCCUCAACGUGGUGUUUGAAUGAACUCGUUGAAAUACUUGAGUGUAGAAAAAAUCACGGUCAAGUUGUUAUACCUGUGUUCUAUAGAGUAGAUCCAUCACAUGUGCGUCAUCAGAAAGAGAGUUAUGAGAAAGCAUUUGCAAAAUAUGAGAUAGAAGAUAGGAAUAAUGAAUCUCAUCAAGACAAAGUGUUGGCUUGGAGAGCUGCACUUGUAGAAGCUGCUAAUAUUUCUGGAUAUGAUUCUACUACUUUCAGGUAA